AUUCUGAAUUAGAAGAAUUUGAAACGCCAGCACGUUACCGACCCGAUUCACUGAGUGCCCUGAGUCGUGCCACCCGCUUUACAGAGGAUGAAAUUAAGCGAAUUUAUCGCGGUUUUAAGGCUGAAUGUCCCACAGGUGUAGUCAAAGAAGACACCUUCAAAUUGAUUUAUGCGCAAUUUUUUCCCCAGGGAGGUUCGUGCGCAAAUCCAACAUUAUAUGCCCAUUAUGUAUUCAAUACACUUGAUCAGGACCAUACGGGAAUUGUGAGUUUUGAG